AUGGCGACUUUGGUGCUCGUUCCGUUGGCUUUAGUGCUACUGCUCAGCGUCGUCUGCUUUGCGCUGUUGCGCAGCAGGUUACGAUCACGCGCGACGCGCACGAGUCGUCUCGGAAAGCACUGCAACGAGGACGCGCACGUGUGGACGAGCAGCGACUCUCUAGGGCCGAAACUGCAGGCAGAAACGUCUGGGACACGCGGCCCAGUCGCCACGGGCAAAUCCCGUCCCCUGUGUCUGACAGGCGACUGCGCUUUGCACGUUGUUGUUGGGGUCAUUUUCCAACGUGGGCUCGAAGUCGUACACUACGUGACGGCAGUGCCAUUGCUCAUGGUGAACCAGCUCGACCGCCAGUUGUUCUGCAUGACGAGCGUGGACGCGAGGACCGCGCGGCUCCGAGCGGACCAGAAGAACGCCGAGUUGCUGAGCGGACACGAGGGCGACAGGUUUCCAGGACUGUCGACGUGGAGCGACGACGAAGCGCCGGAAGAAGAGCUGAGCGGCUCGUCUUCGGACGGAGAGAACAGCGACGUGGGGGAGGCGAUGCGCGCCGAAGACGUCGUACCGGAGACGAUCACGGCCCCGUCACCACAUCUCUUUUUCGACGGACUCGAGUUCUACUUGGCCGUGAGUCAGGUGCGCGAGCGCACGGUCCGGUCGAUCGUGACGCUCGGGGUGGCCAAAACGCUGACAACGCUGCGCGAACAGCAGCAAAACGAGUCGAUCGCUGUCAUUGAGCAGCAGUACCCCGACUUUACGUGUCUAUUGACGGGCGACCAGAGCACUUCGGUUCGGCAGCCCGGGGAGACAGGCCGUCGUCCCAUGGACUUGCGCACGGCGUUGCAACUCUCGUGGCACGAGGUCACUUCAUUAUAA